AUGUCUGGACGUGGCAAGCAAGGCGGUAAAGCUCGCGCCAAGGCCAAGACCCGCUCUUCUCGGGCGGGACUUCAGUUCCCCGUGGGCCGAGUGCAUCGCCUACUACGCAAGGGUAAUUAUGCCGAGCGGGUUGGAGCCGGCGCGCCGGUGUACCUGGCUGCGGUGCUGGAGUACCUGACCGCUGAGAUCCUGGAGCUGGCUGGCAAUGCGGCCCGCGACAACAAGAAGACCCGUAUCAUCCCGCGUCACCUCCAACUGGCUAUCCGCAACGACGAGGAGCUCAACAAGCUGCUGGGCAAAGUCACCAUCGCGCAGGGUGGUGUCUUGCCCAAUAUUCAGGCCGUGCUGCUGCCUAAGAAGACUGAGAGCCACCAUAAGGCCAAAUAAGGAGUGAGGUUGUGAAAACUGGAAAACAAAGGCUCUUUUCAGAGCCAUUCUACACUGUCUUAGAGAAAGCUGGACACAGUCAUGUUUGUUUCACUUCAUGUUUGCUUCGCUAGAUAACAUUGUAAAGCGCUUCUUUAGCGGUUGGGCUGGAGCAACUCUACAAUGUUUCUAAAUUAACCCACUGGAAGGCAAUGAAGACCCACAAGUUGUAGGAUACUCCGGAGAAGCUUAUUCAGCAGGGGUAAUAAGUGAAAUCAAACGUAUAAAUCCCUGAAAUCUAUUUACUAAUUCCAGUGUUUUUUGUUUGUUUGUUUUGUUUUUUUUGAGACGGAGUCUCCAACAGGCUGGAGUGCAGUGGCGCGGCGCGAUCUCGGCUCACUGCAACGUCAACCUCCCAGGUUCAAGCGAUUCUCCUGUCUCGGCCUCCCGAAUAGCUGGGAUUACAGGCACAUACCACCACGACCGGCUAGUUUUUUUGUAUUUUUAGUAGAGACGGGGUUCCACCAUGGUGGCCAGGCUGGUCUCUGAACUACUGACCUCAGGUGAUCCGCCCGCCUCGGCCUCCCAAAGUGCUGGGAUUACAGGCGUGAGCCACAGCGCCCGGCCUCCAGUGUAAUAAUUCUAUUACAUUAAUAGUGUUGUCAAGCAGCCAUAAAAAUGGGAUAUACUCGCCAUUCUUUAAAGGCAAAUUUUGCAAUUCUAAGUAUUCUUGAAAAGCAAGAAAGGGCAGCCUGAUUCUUAAGUGGUCUAACUCUUAAGAGUAACUUCACCCAGGUGAUGAAAGUCUAGUGACUCAUUUGCAUUAGAAUUUGAUUCCGAUGGAAGGAGAAUAUGGGAUGCAGAAUUUCCUGAAUCCCAUAUUUGUAAAUCCUUAGUCCCAUUUCUUUGGAGCAGGUGUAUUAAUGCACUCUUGUAGUAGCUUAGGAUACAACAUAGCUUUUUCUGUCUAGCUAAUUUGUAUUAUCAAAUUUAUUAGAUCGGGAUUGCUAUUGCUUUUGAUUGCUUGUCCACAUUAAUUUACCUACCCUAGGAAGCCCUAUGAGUUUCCUUCCUCCGCCCCACCCCCUCUUGAUAUUACUUGGCCUGCUUUUACUUCAUAGCCUCAAGGCUUUCUGGCUAUUCCCACAAAAUGCCAAACACAUUUUCUGUCUUAAGGCCUUUGCACUUUAAAUUCCCUCUUCCCCUGAUAACUACCUUUCUCACUUUUUUUCAAUCUAUGUAGGUCUCUGAUCAAGUAACACCUAUAAAGAGGUCAUCUUUGUUUAUCUCCUCUCUAAAAUGGAGGGCCCCAUUAUGCUCUCUAUGCCUAUGGGGAUAGGAUAUAUAUUAAUUGAAAUAUUACAUGUAUACAUCUUUAUUUUUUCUCUACGGAAUUCAAGCCACUUAAAAAAGACACCAAAAAAUAGUAUUAACUUUAUGUAUUUCACAAAGAUUUAAGAGGACAUAGUUUGUAAUUCAAUACACAUAGAUUUGUUUGCUGCUCCCAGUCUUUGCAUGCAGAAGCCCAAUUGAAAAAGAAAUGCAAGAGAUGCAGAACGAGAAAUUAUAAUGUAGUGACAUAUGAGUUCUCGAUAAACAGAUGCUGAGAUGGAGUUUGGGAUGCAAAAUGUUUAUUAGGGCUCAAUAUCUGUGAAGGGGUGAAGGAAAUAGGAUUGGGCAAAGGAAAAUGUCAAACUAUGAUACAGGCCAGACAAAUGCUCAACCAACCCAGUGGAGAGCUCUGGAGCCAGUAUGCCUGUCAAGUUGCCCCCACAUUGGGUCAAAGGGGCUCUAGACCACCCUUUUUAACUCCUUUGUGGGUCACUGAAUGAGGACUGCCGUGGGGAAGGAUGCAGCCUUGAGUGGGGAGGAGCUCUGCAGCUGAGGCAAACACUGAGGAAGCUAACAGCUGGUGUCUAUCUGCUAACUGUGCUCUCUGCAGUUAGGCUGCAAGCCCUUCCUUGAAGGAGGAUCUGGGCAGUGUAUUUCCAUGUCUAUGACAUAUAUUAACAUGAAUAUAAAUAUCAAUAAGUAAGGUCUAUGAUAGUAUCUGUGAGACUGACUUUAGCAUGCAUAAGUGCAUAGCUGGUAUUGCUCUUUGACUUUCUUUUUCUUUUCUUUUUUUGAGAUGAA